AUGACAGAGAAAGAAUCCCAUGCCAAGGCAGACAAACUAAUUUCUGAGGAUGGCAAAUUGAGUCCUGAGAAAAGUAAUGAGUCCUUCUCCGCAUAUGAAGAGUCAUCCUUCGAAUCUUAUGAUGAGUUUUGUUCAGAUGAGGAAUUCAGCUAUGAGUCUGAAGAGUCAUCUGAACAGUCUAGUGAGUCAAGUUCUUCUGAGUCCAGUUCUGAGUCGAGUUUCAAGUCUAACCAACUGAACUUGGAGUCAGAUUCUGAGUCAAGGGAUAUAAGUCCUGAAUCUAACAAGUCCUUUCAGUCACAAGUGUUCACUAAAUUCCAUAAAAACAACCAGAAAAAGAAAAGCAAAUUGCGCCCUAAGAAGAAGGAUUUUUCAGCCCACAAGCAGGCACUUCAAGAUAAGAGAAAUGGACUGCCAACUGGGGAGGAAAGUCUACCAGCUAUGACAACUGAAUUGCAUACCAGCAAGUCCAUUAAAAAGUCUUUUCCUGAGAACAGUGAAAAGUCUGAGACCCAAACUGGGAAGAAUAAGCCUUGCCCAGAAAAGAACAAACAAGAGAAUGAAAACUGGGAGAGCAAUACAGGGAAGAAAAGACUUGCAAAGUUAAAAACGGAGUCUUGUUGCAGGGAGGGUAAACUCUAUACCAGGAAGGAGAAACAACAUAAUGUUAAAGUGGAGAUGCUGCAUGCCAAGAAUAAACUUCAGAAAGGAAAGGCUGAUGACCACAGUGGAAAGUACGAGAUGCAGAUCAAAAAAUCUCUGGCUGUGAAGAACAGGUUUUACACAAGAUUUGAACAUAUUCAGAGAUCAGAGCACAAUGCCGGGAAGAAAGAAUUACUUGAUAAAUCUGAAUCAGGUAUCAGAUACUUGAGGUAUACUAAGAGGAAAGUUUCACCAUCCCUAAGACAAUACAACCAGCCCGGGAAGACUAAGUGGCAAUCUCCGAGGAGUAAAUGGCAAGCUGGAAAGAACAGGACAUAUUUCCAGAUGAAUGAGCUACAGACUGAGACAAGCAUGUUGCAUGUAGAGAAAAGCAACAUGGACAUCCAGACAAGAGGACUGCUGUUCAGGAAGAACAAGACCAGUGUGCAGACAAAGGAUCUACCUAAGGAGAGGAACAAUAUGGAGAUUUACAACUGGCCUCUGCGCAGCAUAAACAGCACCAUGGUCGAUUACUACCAAGCACUGGGCAUCCCACAAACUGCCUCUUCAGAUGACAUUAAAAAGUCAUACAGAAAAAAUGCACUGAAAUGGCACCCAGAUAAAAACCCGGGGAAUAAGGAAUACGCUGAGAAGAGGUUCAAGGAGAUAGCAGAAGCAUAUGAAGUGCUAUCAGACAGUAAGAGAUCAGUACCCUUCCUUCUUCUCCAUUUGCUGCAGGGGUUCCAGAAUUAUAAACGUGAUCUUUAUGACCUCUAUGGCAUCGAAGGGCUUAUAGGUGCAAGUAUAGGAACCGAUUAUUAUCAGAGCACAGGUGGGACACCUGACUUCACAUUCACCUUUCGUAAUGCAGAUGAGGUCUUCAGGGAUUUCUUUGGAGAACAAGAUCCUUUCACAGAACUCUUUGAUGACUUGCCCCCAUUUGUAGAUCAGGAUAACAAUAUGUCUCAGCUGAUCAUGCCCGGAGGUGUCACCUACUCCUAUUGCUCCUAUACAUCUCCGGGUCAGACAGAAUUCUUCACUACCUUUGGCCCUGGCGCAGAACUGGGAAUUGGCUACCGUUCUGUUUCCACAACUACCAAGUACCUCAAUGGCAAGCGGAUAACUACCAGGAGAAUUCUUGAGAAUGGACAAGAGAGAGUGGAGAUUGAUGAAGAUGGGGCGCUCAAAGUGGCAGAUGUGCAUGACCUUGGAAGCAGCAUGAAGGCCAGGGUGGAACACUUCAGGCACGAACAACCAGAGAUCCUGAGCUCUACAACUGACAUUCUAACUCCACCACGCUCACAGAGCGCUGAGUCCGCUAUUGCCUUCCCCGAGGAUGAAGACAAGGACCUGCAUAGAGCCAUGGCCUACAGUCUGUCUGAGAUGGAGAAUGUGGGGCAGCACCAAGUCAACUCCUAUGGCCCAAAGAAGAGAAGAGGCAGCACUUGGCGGGCCCACAAAAGAAUAUCAGGACCCAAUGAGGAAGUGGGUGGUCCUUUGGUCCCUCAAACCAUGGCCAUCAGAGCUAAAAGUCCAGGUGGGGGUGACAACAAGAAGGGGACAGAGGACAAGCUGGCUGAAGGACCAAAGGCAGGAGGCAGCACAGAAGCACCGAGGAGUCAGCUUGUACAUGAGGAGAAUGACUCUGCCCCUAGAGACAUCCGAUAUGUCUUUCCUGCCCGCAGAGAUAGGGAAUCUAUCAUGUGCAUCAUUCUCUGA